AUGGAAAUUUUUACCUUUAGCUUUUGCUCAUCUCGCAGAAUUCACAAAUUGGUAAGACACUCACACUCGAUUAGCAGGCAUUCAAGAGUAUUAAGCUUGCUAGCUAUGUACAUUAACGAAUACAAAAACUCAUUUUUCGUGGAUAUACUCGAGUUUUGUAACAUAGUUAAGAUUGAAGAAAAGCUUCCUGAUGCAGUGGAAGUUGAAAGAUUAUCAAUUAAUGAAUCUAAAAAUAUCUUCUCAAAGCAUGAUAUAACAAAUAGUGAUGUCGAAAAGACAGAAGAUGGAAGCAUUGCUGAAAGUGAGGAUCCAUUUGAUCCUUUCUUCGUACAAUGGAAUGGUGAUGAUGAUCCGGAUAAUCCACAAAAUUGGUCAAAUUUCAAAAAGGUUCUCAUCAUGAUCGAAAUUAUGCUUUUAACCUGUAUAACAUAUAUGGGUGCAUCUAUUUAUUCCAUAGGACAGUCAUCUAUUCAAGAAACCUUUGGCGUUGGCCAAGUAGUCGCAACACUAAAUCUAUCUCUCUAUGCUCUUGGGUAUGGUAUUGGACCAGUCAUCUUUUCUCCAUUUUCCGAAGUUGCCAUGGUUGGUCGUCAAGUAAUAUACACACUUACCUUUUUCGUUUUCACCAUGUUUCAAAUAGGCGCUGCCACUGUUCAAAACAUUGGUGGUUUAAUUGUUCUGAGAUUUUUAACAGGUAUCGUUUGUUCUCCGGCAUUAGCUACCGGUGGUGCUACUGUUGGUGAUAUCAUCACGCCUAAAAAUCUGCCUUUAUGCCUGUCGAUUUGGGAUUUAGGCCCUACUUUCGCCCCAAUUAUUGGUCCUUUACUUGGUGCCUCCAUGAUGGUAGCCAAAAAUUGGAGAUGGAUAUUUUGGUUUAUGACUUGGAUAUCUGGCUUUACAUUAAUCACCAUGAUAUUUUUGUUUCCAGAAACUUCACCUGACAAUAUUCUUUAUAGGAGAGCAAAAAGGCUCAGAAAACAAACUGGUGAUAAUAGAUAUUAUACAAAGCAAGAAAGAAUCGAUUCUCAGAUUAAAAUUUCAGACUUUUUAGUAAGGACUCUCUACAAACCAUUCAAAAUUAUUGUCCAAGAACCAAUUGUGCUUGUUUUCAAUAUCUAUCUUUCAUUAGCAUAUGGUGCAUUCUACCUCUUUUUUGAAGCCUUCCCACUGGUAUUUAACGGAAUAUACAAUUUCAGUCCUAUAGAAACUGGUUUAUCAUACAUGGGCUUUGCCGUUGGUAGUCUGAUCUGUUUUCCCCUGCUUUAUCUUUUCUUAACCAAAGUUUUGAAUCCCAGAAUCGAAAAUAACACAGCGACUCCAGAAACAUUUCUCAUUCUAGCCAUGUGGGUUGGUUGGGCUCUACCUGCAUCCCUAUUUAUUUUCGGUUGGGGUGCUGGUGUUCAUUGGAUGCUACCAAUUGCUUCGGAAGUUCUUUUCCAACUUUGUGUGUGGAGUUUAUUCCAGGUCACAUUUACGUAUCUAGGUUCAUGCUAUCCAAGGCAUAUGGCUUCUGUUUAUGCUGGUAAUGGCUUAUUCAGAGCUGUUUUUGCUUGCAGCUUUCCAUUAUUUGCAACAGCCAUGUAUAAUAAUCUAGGAAGUGAAAAAUACCCCGUUGGCUGGGGUUCGUCUAUAAUUGGAUUUUUCUCUAUUGCCCUUGCAUUUGUUCCGUUUGUAUUGUAUAAGUAUGGAGCAGUUUUGCGUUCUAAAUCAAAAUAUAGCGGCUGA